AUGAUUAUUUUCCAAGAUGUUGUUUCCGGUGACGAAUUGUUAUCUGACGCCUACGACGUCAAGUUAGUCGACGAUGCCGUCUACGAAGCCGACUGCGCCAUGGUGACUGUUGGUAACGGUGACAUUGACAUUGGAGCUAAUCCAUCAGCUGAAGAGGUUGAGGAAGCAGCUGAAGAUGGAGCUGAGACCGUCAACAAUGUGGUCUACUCUUUCAGAUUGCAGCAGACCCAGUUUGACAAGAAGUCCUUCACUACUUACAUUAAGGGAUACAUGAAGAAAGUCAAGGCUUACUUGGCUGAACAUGACCCAGAACAGGUUGAAGUGUUUGAGAAAGGUGCUACCAAGUACGUUAAGAAGGUGUUGGGCUCGUUCAAUGACUGGGAUUUCUACACUGGUGAGUCGAUGGACCCUGAUGCUAUGGUUGUCUUGUUGAACUAUAGAGAAGAUGGUACUACUCCUUUCGUUGCCGUCUGGAAACACGGUGUUAAGGAGAUGAAGAUCUAA